AUGACUUCGUACCAAAACAGAUACAGCACAGCAGGAGAUAGCACACUUCGAAAUACUUCACUCUCUCGUUUCUAUCGUCCUGCUACGGUCCCAACCAACAUCCCUCCAUACCAAGCAAAUGAAUACAUCUACUUCGAUGAUUGCAAUUCCCCUUUCAGGUUUUCCAUGAUCUGGUUCCGGAGCGUCAUAGCACCCAAGUUCAUAGUAUGCGCUACAUGCUAUGAGCGCCGUAUCCGGUACACACCAUUAGGCGCCUCAUUCACAGGGAAACUAGAAGAACUUGGAGAUGACGGAAAAUGCAUGUUCAACGUUCCUCGUAUGAAAGGCGUUUUAUGGCCAUUGAACCGAUCGUCAGACAACCUAGAGAACAUCUAUGCAUAUAUGAGAGAGCGCAGCAAUCUUCCAAGGUGUCCAGGAAUCGCUGGUAUCAACGGGUCUGAGGCUCACGCCAUAGGUAUGACGUGGUACACCCUUGUUAAUAAUGCGAUACCCGAUUUCGUGGGAUGUCGAGCUUGUGUGGAAGAACACGUAAAGGGCAAAAGAUUCAAUCUCAUGUUCGUUCCACAAUCCCAAUCGCAAGGUCACACUGAUCAAUGGAGUUGUGAUCUCGCCAUUCCAUACGUUCAACGUUUACUCAAGACGACAUCCGCAUCUGUCCAUUGGUCUGGAUUCGUUACCGGCGCGACUCAUCGGAUGUCUCUUCCACAGUGCGUAGGCUUCAACCCUGUGAAGGCCGAAAGCAGAACUUGGUAUCGUCAUCCAGCCUGGCCUGAAUCGGCUGUUUGCGAGUCGUGCUACCUCGAUCAAAUCGCCUUGACCAGCCUGGAGCGGGAACUCGAGCCCAGACCUGUACCUAACAGCGCGCGGUCAGAUCAUUAUACUUGUGAUCUAUGGAGCAUACCGGCUCAAUGCGUUGUUAGUACGGCGAUUGAGAGAAAAAGCUCCGCAGACUUUCAACGCUUCUUCCGUGCUCUCAUGACGAAUCCUGCAUGUUCUCCACUGGGCAUCACGGGCGGGAAAUGGUACACGCUCAAGGGCGGGUGUCCAAACUUCGAAGUUUGUGCAACAUGUUACGCCGGCCUCGUCACGACUCAUUACCUUGACAAUGAGUUCCAGCCACGCGACAACGUGCCUCCCGGCCAAACGGUUUGGUGUGAUUUCUGCGCUGGUAUUGGUCGCUCAAUGCAGUAUGUGAACAAAUUCGCUGAAGCGGUGAACUCGCCGCAUUUCGACAUCUUCACAUCGUAUGUCCGUCGCACGUCCACGAUCGUUCCAUGUCAACGCAAUAAGCCCGUUAGAAACAAAGCCUGGUGGCGACUCAAUAACACCGUCAAUUUCUACGUCUGUGACGACUGUUACGAAAAUGCCGUUCGAGGCACAACAUCCAGCGAUAUGUUCGUGAACGUUGGAACCACUUCCGCGGAGAUGAUUUGCUGCAUGUACUCACCAAACAUGCGUCAACGCUACCAAAUCGUCUGCGCCACGAACUCCCCAGACAAGCGUACUAACUUUGUCGCUUACGCUAAUCAUCGUCAGUCGAUCUACGCCCAGACCGUACCUGUAAUACGAAACAUAUUGGCGAAUGCGGAACUCAAACUCUUGCAGCAACGUAUGAACAACUCGACGAGCACAUUCUAUAACAUGUUGGACAGGACGGGUGGUAAUGCUACAGGGAUCCAUUACGGACCAAGUUCCGAUUACAAAACAGUGUACGGAAGCUCAGCUACAGGAAACUGGUACAACACACCGCAUGGGAUAACGAGUGAGAGGUAUUCUGCGCAAGCGCUUGAUGGUGGGAGUAGUAUAAGCAGUGACACUAUGAGGAUAAAGAUGUUGGAAGACAGUUGGCAUGAGGUAGAGUAGAAGAUAGUUUUGUUCAU